AUGGAUUCCGCCGCUGCUUCAGCCAGCCCCGUCCCGGCGGCCGAGGCCGCGCAGCGCCCCCCGCACAUGGCCGCGCUGGUGCUGGCGCGCGGCGGCAGCAAGGGGAUCCCGCUGAAGAACAUCAAGCCCCUGGCCGGGCUCCCGCUCAUCGGCUGGGUGCUGCGGGCGGCUAUCGACUCCGGGGUCUUCCAGAGUGUGUGGGUUUCCACAGACCACGAUGAAAUUGAGAAAGUGGCAACGAAAUUUGGUGUAAAAGUCCAUCGCAGAAGCGCUGAAGUAUCUAAAGACUCUUCUACUUCUUUGGAGGCCAUCCAAGAGUUUCUUCGUCAUCAUAAUGAGGUUGAUAUUAUAGGAAAUAUUCAGGCAACAUCUCCCUGUUUACAUCCUGAUGAUCUUAUUAAAGUGGCAAAAAUGAUCCGAGAGGAUGGCUAUGAUUCUGUAUUCUCCGUUGUGAGACGGCAUCUGUUUAGAUGGAGUGAGAUAAAAAAAGGAGUUAACGAAGUGACAAUGCCCCAAAACCUGGAUCCAGCAAAGCGGCCCCGGCGUCAGGAUUGGGAUGGAGAACUGUAUGAAAAUGGGUCAUUUUACUUUGCUAAAAAGGACUUGAUUGAAAAAGACUACUUACAAGGUGGAAAAGUGAUCUACUAUGAAAUGUGUGCUGAAUGCAGCGUGGAUAUAGACAUAGAUAUGGAUUGGCCUAUUGCAGAGCAAAGAGUGCUGAGAUAUGGCUAUUUCGGUAAAGAGAUGAAGCUACUGGUUUGCAGCAUUGAUGGAUGUCUCCCCAAUGGUCACCGUUGUUUGUCAGAAGAUCAAAAAGAAUUAAGCUCUGAUGAUGAUGAUAGAGUUGCUGAUGGGAUUUCCUUAUUAAAGAAAAGAGGAGUUAAGGUAAUCUCUAAAGAAGAGUUUUCAAAGACGAUUUCUGCUAUGAAAUUGGAUUGUGAGGUGAAAGUACAAAAACGACGAGGUGUAGAAGACUGGAGAAAUAAAAUGAGUUUAUCCUGGAAAGAAGUGGCUUACUUAGGAUAUGAUGAAUCCGAUGUGGACUGCUUGAAGGAAGCUGGCAUGAGCGGUGUUCCUGCAGAUGCGCGUGCCGCUGCUCAGAAGGCUGCCGGUUAUAUUUGUAAAAGUAAUGGUGGCCGUGGUGCCAUUCAGGAGUUUGCAGAAUACAUAUUGCUGCUAAUGAAAACAGUUUGA